AUGCAUGACUCGGACUCUGAUCGACUCGUCACGUCAGUCGCUCAAGCAGGCUCUGGCCUGCAGCCCGCAGCCGAGCAGGCCAGCUAUGGGCAGCACCCCACAAUUGAUGCUCACAUCGAUGGUCAGCAGCUCGCAAGCGGCUCGCAAAGCUAUGGGCAGCAGCAAGGUGUUGGCGCCGCCAGCACUGGUCAGCAGCAGGGAAGCGCCUCGCCAAACUACGGGCUGCAGCAAGGUGUUGGCGCCGCCAGCACUGGUCAGCAGCAGACAUGCGGCUCGCCAAGCUAUGGGCAGCAGCAAGGUGUUGGCGGCGCCAGCACUGGUCAGCAGCAGGGAAGCGGCUCGCCAAGCUAUGGGCUGCAGCAAGGUGUUGGCGCCGCCAGCACCGGUCAGCAGCAGGGAAGCGGCUCGCCAAGCUACGGGCUGCAUCAAGCCAGCGCAGCCAUGCACCACGCCAACGCUUUCGAAGAAGUGGUGCUGGAAGAGGCGUACCACCAUGUUGGAGCGAAUGUACUUGUCCCCAACCUCUUAGCUGAUUGUGCCCCUGGCCACGCUGGUGACCAAAUUGCAGCAGCAGAUGACUAA